AUGAAGAGAGCAUUGUUAAUUGUCUUAGCUGCUGUGCUUUCAACAGCCAUCGCUAUAGAUGUUCAUAGUUGUGGUGAUGAUUAUCCGCACCCUCUGCAGGUGACCAUCCCUGGUUGCAAUGUGAUGCCUUGUGAGGUACCAAAUCAGUCAGAUAUCUCGUUCAGCGUACGUUUCGCUCCAUCGUUCGCGACCGCUACGCUGGCAGUGAAUGUUACGGCAACUCUCGCGGAUUUUAACCUACCGUAUGAAACACCGGAGCACCUGCGCGACGGUUGUGCUAAUAUCGAUGCCAGCUGUCCCCUGGCGGCUGGACAGGAAGUGACAUUGGCGGGGACCGCACCUGUCGAGGCUCCACUUACACGUGUUACCGUUCGAAUGCGAUUCGAGAUUGCUGGCGAUAGCGGACAAAAGGUGGUUUGCUUUGCUGCCGAUGUUAGGCUUAUCUAG